UUACAAUUUUGGGGCAUCUGUAUUCCUUCGUGGUCAGUGUUGAAGUUGGAAAAAAUGUAAAGAUUCGUCGGAAAACAUCAGAAUAGUUGAAAUGAAAUGUUAAUUGUAAUGAUUACAUUCCCUAAAAUAAGGCGAGAAAAUCCUAGAUUGGGAAAACCCUAAGAUGGUAUCCCCAAAUGUGACAUCGAUUCGAACUGUGUGUAGACAAUUGUGGAAGCGUGAAGGGCGAAGUGACCGUCGGUUGUUAAACGGCACUUGUAACACAAGAUUGUAGGUGCAUUAACACUAAUCGUUGUGUGAACACUAUUGGGAAGAAGCCAUAUCGUGAAAGUGUUGAGAUUGGGCCAACGUAACAUGACGAUGCCACAGGGAGCGAGCGAGCUAGAUCUUGGCAUCAUCAACUAAGAAUGAGAAUACAUGGUGUGAUCUGCCAACUCUUAUUAUUUGGAUGAUCAAAGACAGACUAGAUUUUCCUACCAAUCUCCGAUUCACUUCCGUUUGCAAGAAUUGGCACCACAUAUCCUUGUCCUACACCAUCAAUCACCACCACUCUAGGAGUGAAUCACCACUAUGGAUCAUGAUGACUGAAGACAUAUCUCAGAGCAAGCGGGACUUCAUAAAUAUCUCAACUGGAGAGAAGUACAACAUUGAUCUCCCUGAUUUUCGCAACACCAUUGUCUUGUAUUCGAAAAAAAUGUGGUUGCUGCUAGUUAAAAUGAAGCACAUAAAGAAAAGGUAUUUGCUCAAACAAAUUGUGGACCCUGAUACCAAUUCUUCUUUCUUGUUGCUUAAUCCUUUCAUGAAGGCGAUGAUUAAAUUACCCUUAAUUCAAUAUAUAUUAGAACCUUAUGGCGCGUUUACUAUAGCAGACAGCGGCAAUCCUCAAUUUGUUAUCCUUUCCAGUGCCGCCUUAUUCAAUUGUGGAUCAUUUGAUUGGGUAGAUUUAUGGACCAUCUGCGUAGGGGUUGAUGAAAAGUGGAGUGGCUAUGUUAGUACUAAAUGGAAAUUACCAAGAAGAGUUGAAAUAAUACUGCGUGUAGUGAUUGUUGGACACUUGGCAUACUUCUUCAAUCAAAAUUCACACGUUUUUGUUUUUGAUUUGUUGAAUUUGCAGUUUCAAGAAACUGUGAAAACAACAACAAAUGAAUUUUCGAGCAAGUCUUGUUGGUUUUGCGUAAUGGAGAACCGAGUUGAGAUUUAUAAGGUUGUUCUUGCUGACAGGAUUUGUGGAGUUAUCCCAAUGUUUUAUAGAUUGAAGAAGAUAACUAAAAACAACACAAAUUUUGAUUGUGAGGGUUUGAACAGUGAAGAGUUCAAAAAUAAGUGUUAGUAUUUGAUCAGAAGCCAAGGAUACCAGUGUUUUGUAUUUGAGGAAAAAAGACAGUGUGAAAUUUAUCACAACCUAGGUGUUUGGUAUGAUGAGUAUCUUAACUUUCAUUUUUUCAAGGGUAAUUUGGUGGAAAAAGUCAUGUCACAACCAAUUCAAGGCUGUGUAAUCAAGGAGCGGGCUGACAUGGGCUAGAUUGAUUUUUAGUUCAGGGAAAAAAUAAAUGAGCAACUUAGAUUUGAUUGUAUAUUGUAGAAUCCACUCAUAGAUUAAAUUUUAACCGUACAUUGAUAAUUUUGAAUUUGUAAUAUAAUUGUUAUUCCGACUUUUAUCACAUAGGAUGACUUUGUUAGUUGUAAGAAGUUAUCAAAAUGAAAAGAUCAUUAAUAAGAUGCAUAAUUUCAU